GCCCAACCUCGAUUGAAUGGAAAAUUGAAGUGUCAUUUCAAAACGAGGCACGCACCCGUGGAGGAAGGAGUCUAGAAUAGUAACAAUUUACAUAAAUACUGUAUCUUUGCCUUUUUCCAAGUUUCCAUCUUAUGCUGUUUCACGAGAUAGUUUCGGAAUAUCUAAAAAUCAUUAUUUAAAGUUUCUUAAAGUUUAGAAUCUAAAUUAAACAACUUAGUCCUCUAGAUUAUAGGAAUAACAUUGGCCAUAUUUGAUCAAUAAAGUUGCCUAGCAACAUACAGCAGUUUGAAUGUGGUUUAAGAUUGAUGAUCAACUGUGAAAUUAAGCAUAUAUGCAUAGAACAAGUACGAGUAUCAUUAUAAAGGCUUAUGAGUCCAUCAAUUGAGCAAAGUUGGAAAAUCCUGUAGAAGUCUAGGCCUAAGCAGAUUAGGAAAGUCAAAGUGGAUUAGCCUACACGUAGAUAGACAUAAUGAUUUAUCAAAAUAAGUUUUGAUAAGAAAUAAGUGAUUUGUUUGGAUAUUGCAGCCACGCUAAAUAAUCAAAUUAGGAUUAGUUUUGUACCAAUGAAACGCAAGUGGUACCGCAGCAUCAAUAUUUUGAUCUUCACUGCAUAAGCUGGUAGAGUUUAGAUUUUAAAAGGUGUACUGUGUUAUAACAAUACAAUAUACCUAGAUAAUUUCGGAUAAUUUAACAAUGAAUUACACAAACUGUCAAGAAAAAUAAUACAAGGAAUUUUAGGGAUAAGCUGUCGAUUAAACUAUUGAGAUGCCGAAGACUAAUCAAGGAGGGUUUCCUGCAGGGAAUAAGUUGCUACAAAAAAGGUGGGCAGAACAAGCACACAGAUUACAUGUGCAGAAGAUGCAUUCAAUGAAGCCAGGACUGGACAACUCACCACCCAAAAGAUAUCCCCAUCUGGUACUAAGGCUCAAGAAAGUACAGAUGGAGGAGAAUCGCCAAGCAGAGAUAGAUCAUGACAAUAAACUGUUGCUGCAGAAAAUGACUGGUAUAAUGAAAGGUGGGAGGGGUGGUGUUGACAACUGGAACUACGACUACCACCCCAGAAGUCUCAAUCAACAUUAUAGGGAACGAGAACAAGAGAAAAUUGCCCUUGAAAAUAUGAAAAUUGCCAAAAUGUUGGAUCAAGUACGACCAAAGUAUCAAACAAGAGAUUGGGAGGAUGACUACCAAAGGCACAAUUACCUCCUGGACCUGUGGGGGGAGUCAGCCAAAGACUUUGGGGACUCCAGCUCCCCAAGGAGCACUAGGCAAAGCAAACAGGAAAAGCAAAAAGACACCGAGGAAGGUGACAACAGUAAAGAUAAAGGAAAGACCAAAAACAAUGCCUCCGAAGUGGAGAAUCAAGACUAUGUCUCAAACAAGAACAAGGAGAAAAAGGAGCACCUUAAGACCAACAAAGGGAUAAAUUCAGGGGAAGAACAAACUCAUACUAACAAUAAUUCCCACUGUAGUUCUGAGGGUAACUCUCCUAGGGGAGGUGCAAAAGGGGAGAUUAAACCUGCUCAGACAGAUAGACAGGAAAAAAUGGAUGAGGAGUGCAAGCAAUUAUUUAAAGUCUGCAAAAAAUUGAGUGACCCAGAUGACAUCCUCAUUAGAUGUCUCAUUAAGAAGACCCCUGCAUACAGGAAAGAGCUUGCCGGGAGAUUCAAGGAUCAGUAUGAUCUGGACUUGCACAGUGAGCUGAAAGCAGCCCUUGGUUCACCUUAUGCUGCAUUGUUAGAUGCCCUCCUAGGAGACAAGAGUGCUGCUGAUGCAGAGGCUGUGCAUAAAGCCCUACAUGGAUCUGGUAACAAAGCUGUUGCGCUGGUUAAGUUACUGGUUGACAAGACUCCAGAAGAACUACAGGCCAUCAAGGACUCAUACAAAAAUGAACAUGGGGAGAGCUUAGAGGAAGACAUUAAAUAUCUGGCUGAUGAAGAAUGUGAGGCUUUAUUGCUGACACUGCUCAAUGAUGGGAAGAACCAGGACCAUGAUAUAGAUUUUGAUGCUGCUGAGGAGGACGCUAAGGAACUUCACGAGGCUGGGGAUGGUAGAUGGGAUAAAGACUCUGAAGUAUUUCUGACAUUGCUCUCACAGAAAAGCUUGCCACAACUCAAUGCCAUACUGAAGGCUUAUAAACAGAUCUCGGGGAAAGCUGCAACUGAUGUGGUUGAUAAGGAAUGCACAGAGGAAUUUGCAGAGGCCUUCUCUGCACUAGUGAAGUGUGUUGGGGUUUCUCCUGCACAGUAUGCUGAACAACUUAAGAAACACAUGAAGUCUGGAAACCCGGUGCUGAUUGAGAUCCUUAUGGCCCAUGCUGAUACUAACUUGGGUGCAAUACGCAAGGCUUACAAGAAGAAGUAUGGCACAGAGCUUGCUGAUGAUAUCUACAAACAUUGUGGACCCUCUGGAAAGGUACUUGCUGUCAUGGCAGAGAAAAACCCUCCUGGGCAGGCCAAAGCAAUUAAGAAGAGUGAGGAACAAGCUAAGAAGAAGAUGCCUCCAAGUGGUGUAAAGGUGACAGGUCCCCCAAAGAGAGAUCCAGUGCGUAAACCCCAGCAGAAGAAGGAAGCAUCUGCUCCCCAAGACAGUCCUCUAUCCAAACCUAGUAAAAAAUCCAAUACAGACAGUACAAAUAAAUCGAAUAAUAAAAACUCUGACAACAAGGAUAAAGACAAACAAUCCAAAGAUAAAGAGGAACCUAAAACAAGUGGGACAAUAAAGCCUGCCAGUAAGUUUAAUGUUGAUAGUGAUGUUAAGGAUAUCCAUGAUGCAAUCCAAGGGUGGGGCACCAACGAAGGACCUCUGAUACAGAUACUAUCUGGCAGGAGUAAUGAACAGAGGCAAGAGAUCAAGAAGAAGUAUCAAGAAAAGUAUGAGAAAGAUCUACAGGAGGAACUUGAAGGUGAACUGACAGGUGACUUUGAAGAGGUCAUCCUUGGACUAUUGAUGCCACCUAUUGAGUACGAUGCGUACUGUCUCCAUGAAGCGAUGGAUGGAGCAGGAACAAGUGAAGCUGUUCUCAUAGGUGUGUUGUCCACACGCAAUGCCAAGCAACUGUCAGCUAUAAAGGAGCACUAUAAAAAAGAGUUCUACAGUGAACUUAGUGAGGACAUAGAAGAUGAUACCAGUGGUGACUUCAAGGAUAUCUUACUUGAGCUGGUGAAGGGAGAGAGGGACCAAGGUACAACUGUAGACAAUCAGCUAGCAAAAGAUGAUGCAAAGGCCAUAUAUGAUGUUGAUGAGGAAGCUGUGAAGGUGAAGGAAGAGAAGUUCACUGAGAUAUUCUCCAAGCAGAACCGUGCCCAAGUGAGGGCCCUGAUUGAGGAGUAUAAAGCACUAGCAGGAGAUGACAUCAGGGAGGGAAUCAAGAAAUCUGCAUCUGGAGACGCUGAGGAUGCUUACCUUGGACUGGUUGGUGCUAUUGAGGAUGUGACUGUAUUCUAUGCUGAGAGAUUACUUAAGGCUUCAAGUGGUAUUGGGACGAAUGACAAAAUGUUGAUACGUAUUAUUGUCUCAAGGUCUGAGAUUGACCUUGUACAGAUAAAGGCAAAGUUCAAGGAGCUCUCCAAAAAGUCCCUAGAGGAGGUCAUUGAGGAUGAGUGUAGUGGGGACUAUAAAAAGAUGCUCCUUGCUAUCGUCAAGGACAAGUAAGCAGCCAUAUUGAUGGUGUCAUAUUACAUGAACAAGCAUGUUGUUUUUGUUGUGUAAUUUGCAUGCAUCCAUAUAUUUCGUGGAAUAGUGCUGUUUACUAUAUGUUUGUUAUUGUUCAUAGUUCAAACUUAUAACAUUUAGUGUACAAAACAUAAAGAUCUGAAUUGUUUUUAAAUUAGCAUGACUCCCAGCAAGGAGCAUGGCUAUAUGUUACUGGUGUGGGACCAGUCUUAGUUGUAGAAAUAAGUUUCAAAGAAAAUGGUGAAGUCAAGAAUUCUGCAUCUGAUUUUACUGUGGGGUAAAUCCAUUGGUUUUGUCUAAUUUUUGAAAAUGCAUGCAUAUGAGUAAUUCAAACUAUUAAGUGUUUCAAAGAACUUUAAUGAGAGCUCAUAGUAUAUAAUAGGGCUGGUCAUGCUUAUCUUUUCUGUCAGUUUUGGGAUUUUGUAAAAAAAAAGAAAAUAAAGGUGGGUCUUGGAAAUAAAUGUAAGUCAGUCAGUGAAAUUACCCCACAGUUUUACAAAAUAUAGGAUACCUAUAUUAACAUUUAUUUUGUACUGUGUACUACUAAAAUGUAAUAACGUAUUAUCCCAUAGAACAUAAUUUGGGGGAUAUAGAGAGAAUAACUCAAAAACUGUUUGACUGAGAUUGUUUAUAUUUAUGUGUAUCUGCCCAAAUGAGAGUGCAAGUUCUGCUCGAAAACCAAUUUUUAAAAUAACCACCAGUUUCAAAAUGGCCAGUAUUUUAGUAUCAACUUUAUGCUACAUGUACUUAAGUUACAACAUAAAAGUGUAAUAUUAAUAUGUUUAUAAUUACAGCUUUUUAAAAUGAUGACCAAGUUCAGUUAAUUGACCGUUUUUAUGGAAAUGGAGGACAAUUCUAGCAGAUAUUGAUUUUAGUGCUUGCUCAGAGGUACUGGUUUGUGUCCAUGAAUUUUUACUCACACCUCUUUCACACAAUGCAUUUGUGAAAAUGGAAUAACAAAAUAGUAUAAAAAAAAUUACUUUUGUAAGAAAUUUGAUUACUUUUAAAAAUGUCUAUUUUCAUGUUUUCUAUCGAUUAGAUUCAUCAAGAAUAUUAAGAAUUUAUUCGUAAGAAAAAUAUUAAGUGUUCCGUACGGAACUGUUAAAAAUAAGUGAAUACU